AACAUGGCGGGGCGGCCUGUGGCCCCGGCCUCGCAGCCGCCGGACCGGGACGCAGCCGCGCCCAAUGUGGUGGCGCGGGUCUCGCAGUGGGCGGACGACCACCUGCGCCUCGUCCGGAACAUCAGCACCGUAAUGGCCAUAGCUGGAACAAUGUUACUUCUAAGAAGUGUUCGGAUGACAUCAAAAUUUACAAGUUCUUCAGAUAUUCCAGUAGAAUUUAUACGAAAGAAUGUUAAACUACGUGGACGAUUACGCCGAAUAACUGAGAACGGUUUAGAAAUUGAGCAUAUUCCUAUCACUUUACCUAUUAUAUCUUCAUGGAAAAAAGAGCCAUGUGGUGUUUUGCUCGUUAAGCUGGCAGGAGUAGAACUCACUGACACUGGGAAGGUGUGGUUACAAAAAGAGUUAAAACCUUCCCAACUGCUAUGGUUUCAACUUCUUGGAAAGGAGAAUUCAGUACUCUUUUGCUAUCUUCUAGUGAAUAAGGGUAGAUAUUUUAGUGUGAGUCUGAAUGAAGAAAUUUUGAGAAGAGGCCUUGGCAAAACUGUUCUUGUUAAAGGGCUAGAUUAUGAUUCUAAAAUCUAUUGGACAAUUCACAGAAACUUACUUAAAGCCGAAUUAACAGCCUUAAAAAAAAGAGAAGGAAUAUGGAAGGAAGAAUCUGAAAAAAGUUAUUUGGAAAAAUUCAAAGGCUCCUGGAGAGAAAUAUGGAAAAAAGACAGUUAUUUUAAAAACAUUGGAUCAGAUUUCAAUUUGAAAAAAGAAAGUUAUUAUGACAAAUUUAGAAGGACUUAUGAAACAUGGAAAGACAACAUAAAUAACUACUCCUUAAUACUGAAGUUCAGAGAACUUAUGAAUCGCAUACACUUUCGUAGAAAAGGGUGAACUAUUCCAAGAGGUCUGGAGGUGACCCACUCAGAAAAGAGUAAAAUAUGUAAAUAUAUGGAUGUUUUUCAUUGAGUUGAAAUGGAAAUCUCUCUGAAUGAUCGAAGUUGCACUCUAAUGGUAUUUAAAUAUUUAAGAGAUGAUUGUUUUAAAUGUAGUAUCAGAAUAAUUUAGGCAAAUUGUGAUUAAUGUAAUAUGGUUUUAGGAAAAAUGGAAUACUCAAUAACGUUACCAGGAAAAAGUAUGUAUACCUCUAGUGUUAAGAUUUGAAGAGAGAGUUUAACUAUUGGGCACUGUUAUUGUAGUUAUUUUCGGCAUCCAUAUUUAAUUUUUGUUGAAAGAGAGUAUUUCUUUACUUUUCCAGUUUUAUCAAUUUUGAUUACUUGUAAUAAACUAACUCUGUACA